AUGCAAACCCCGAAAGUCGAUUUUGACACACCAUUGCAUUUUAGUAGUGGGAGAAAUGUCAAUAGACUUGAUGUCCCACAAGAACAAGUGCCCGAAGUCAUACUACCACAAAGUAGUGGGAGUUAUGUUGAGCAAACUGCACAACAGGAUGAAGUCGUUGAUAUCCCUGUGGAUAACAUAGAGACUGGGGUUCCUGAUAAUGAUGUGGUUCAACCACAAGAUCAUAAUGGUGUAGUUGCAACUGAUGUAGUGCGUAGUCAUAGUGGGAGAGAAAUAAGACAGCCAGUUCAUUAUACGCUCUUGGGAGAAUCAUAUGAUAGGAUCCCUGAGGAGCCAACUUCCGAACCUGUCAAUUACGACCAAGCACUACAUGAUAAAGAUGUUGAUAAGUGGGUUGCUGGUAUAAAAUCAGAGAUGGGUCUAUGCACUCUAAUCAAGUAUGAGAUCUUGUAG